CGGCUGUCACCAAAAAUGGCUUCUCUUGACAGGGUAAAAGUAUUAGUUUUAGGAGAUUCCGGGGUGGGGAAGUCCUCCUUGGUCCAUCUGCUAUGUCAGAACCAGGUGUUAGGAAAUCCAUCAUGGACUGUUGGUUGUUCUGUGGAUGUACGGGUCCAAGACUAUAAGGAGGGAACCCCGGAAGAGAAAACCUACUACAUUGAGCUCUGGGAUGUUGGCGGAUCUGUUGGCAAUGCCAGCAGUGUUAAAAGCACAAGAGCAGUCUUCUACAAUUCAGUUAAUGGAAUUAUGUUGGUACAUGAUUUAACGAAUAAGAAAUCCUCUCAGAAUCUCUACCGCUGGUCACUAGAAGCUUUAAACAAGGACUCCUCUCCAACAGGCGUUAUCGUCUCUAACGGUGACUAUGAUAGAGAGCAGUUUGCUGAGAACCCAGUGCCUUUGCUGCUGAUUGGAACAAAGUUUGACCAGAUCCCAGAGAACAAACGCAGUGAAGUUCUCACUCGGACAGCCUUCCUGUCUGAAGACUUCAAUGCAGAGGAGAUCAAUCUUGACUGCACCAACCCAAGAUACCUUGCUGCAGGCACAUCAAAUGCAGUGAAGCUUAGCAGGUUCUUUGACAAGGUAAUAGAGAAGAGAUAUUUCACAAGAGAUCCAAGUCAGAUGACGGGUUUCACAGACAGAAAACGGUUUAACUUCAAAAGUUUGCACUAUGACUGACAGCAGUAAUGUGUGGUUUGACUGUAAUGCCUUUGGCCUUUUACACCACAAAUCAACCAUCACACUCACUGUGAUACUUUCACUACCCGCCCCUCCACCUAUUGUUUUGUCAAACUGCCAUUUCUUCUUUAUGCAAAGCCUUUGGGACACUUUUUCAUCUGCUAUGAUAUGAAGAAUUAAACUUGUGCACAAAACAUAGAAGGCUACAAUAACAAAGAUCAACAACUGCAUUGUUGCACAGGAAUUCUGCAAAAGGGAGUUGAGCACAUUUGAAGAGAUACGCUUUAGUAAAGAUGGUGUGAAAGGACAUGUUAUAGAUGUACAGUCAGUUUUUAAUCCCAGACCUUUUCAGUACAAUCAGUUUAGCUUUAUUCCGCGUUCAGAACGUUCACAUACACCAGCUUCAUUAAUUCUUUUUUUGAAACUAAGACUAAUAAUUCUCUAAAUGUUUGCUUUAUUAUGCCAUGUUGUUUAAUAAGUGAAUGAAUAAAGGGCAUCUGGAUAGCGGCUCAUGCAAGAUUCCUCGGCCCCUGCAUCACUGUCUUCAUCCAGGGGAGAAAGAAAUGGAUUUUAGUGAAGACAUGGGGAUAUUUGGGAUUAUUACAAUCACCUUUUAACAUGAAAGCUGUUAUCCCCUGAGGCUUGCUGUUGCAGAUAAGUGGUCCACCGGAGUCACCCUACGAAAAAACGCAACAGAAAGUCUGGAUUGAUUACACCCGGUUUUCAUGAAUAAAGCAAAACAAUUUUCUCUAUGUUUGCAGAAUUAUUGAUGUAUUAAAUGGUUUGAAUACUUGACUUUUAUUUGAUUACCUGGCAAAUCCCUCCCUUCUUUUUGUCAAAUUUGGUGCAUAUCAUGUGACCACCAUUGAAGUAUUUUUGCCAUAUAUGUUUGCACUCGGAGUUGAAUUGCAUCUUCUCCGUGGUCUCCUUCAGCACAUCUGAGGAAGGCUUGUUGUUUCCGGUUUUGCCCCAGCCAGCAACGGCGCAGUUAACGUUGGCUGGGAUUUUCCCGUCUUUCUUGGGUAGUCCAAUGGUCUUCACCCACCUAUUCAGUGUGGCGUUGUUUCUUAACUGCAAAAGAGACAGAAGAGCUGGUUAUCACAGCAGUUAUUAUUUGCUUCAUUUGUUAUUUUCAGGAAACAGUUUAGCCAUCUGUCAGACAUGUUUAUGUCCUCUUAAAGCAACAUUGAGGUUUUAGGUAAAGCAUUUCAUCCCCACAUCCUCACCAGCUUCAGUGCAAAUAAACCUGUGCAAAGAUGCGAGAAAAUGAAACUGAGAGGUUGCCAUCGGCUACAAUCUAUUAACUACUUCACACACAAAUUGAUUUAAGAUCUUUUUCCAAACAGCGAAGUUAUGAUAGGAACGACAGUUUUACUGACCUUCAGUAACAUAAUGUCGUAAUCAUAUCCUCCAGUGAAUUUCGGGUGUGAAAUGUAUUUGUCCACCUUUAGCCAUUGCUGACUUUUCUCUUUCUUGCCGAUGUUAUGUGCUCCAAGUACCACCGUCAUGCUGUCCUGAGGUCUGACAAACAAGGGAGCACAUCAUGUAAAAACAUUAAGUAACACUAAACACUUACACCUAACACAUGGAAACAUUCAUGAAACAACUAUGUUGGCAGAAAGAGUGAAUCAUGAAGAGCCCCUGAUGGCAAAUUUCACUGUCUUUUUCUUAAUAUCAGGCUGUGGCAAAUGUGUAACAACUGUCAGUCAUGGGAAUAAAACUAUUUUCUAUGUGCAAAUAGUUAUUAAUCAUUAAGUUUUUAACUGAUUGCCACUUAAAAUAAAACUUUUUCUUGUUGAUUUAUGAUUUUUCAUUGAUGCAUAAUAAACUCACUGGUUGCAGUGUGCAGCAGUUAGAACAAAGUCCUCGCGAAUAAGUAUCCCGCCACAUGAAUGGUG